GGGAGGUGAGUCACCUUGAGCGGUGCGGAGCCGGGCCCAGGAGGGAGAAGGAUCGAGCACAAUGCAGCCCACCGGUACUCUCCUCGUUUCUCCUGCCUUGAUCCGCUGCUGUACCAGGGUCCUGGCCAGCCCAGCGUCUGCAUCUGUCCUGAGCAGGCCCGAGAUCCGGUCUGAACAGUCAGCUCCGGCCUGCAGCGCGCUCCAGCUGGCCCGCCGGGACUUCCAGACAAGCGCCGUCUCCCGGGACAUCGACACCGCGGCCAAGUUCAUCGGGGCCGGGGCUGCCACGGUUGGGGUGGCCGGCUCCGGGGCGGGGAUCGGGACCGUUUUCGGCAGCCUGAUCAUCGGCUAUGCCAGAAACCCGUCGCUCAAACAGCAGCUGUUCUCCUACGCCAUCCUGGGCUUCGCCCUCUCUGAGGCCAUGGGGCUCUUCUGCCUGAUGGUGGCCUUCCUCAUCCUCUUCGCCAUGUGAGGCCCGGUGCGGGGGGCUGCCGUGCCCGCCUCUGCUGCUUCAGCUCCGGCCUGCCGCUCUGCCUAGGGCAUGCUGAGCUUUCCUAUUAAACACCAUGUUUCUCUA